AUGCGAAAAUUUGGUUAUCGUCCUAGUAAUGCUGAUCACCCAUUAUUUUUCAAGCAUACUUCAUUAGGGGGAGUUACUAUACUUCUAGUUUAUGUUGACAACAUUAUAAUUACUGGAAGUGAUGACAUUGAACAAGGAAAUUUGAGCAAAUAUCUUGCCAAAGAAUUUGAUAUCAAGACUUUGGGUUGUCUUAAAUAUUUUCUAGGCAUUGAGGUGGCUCAUUCUUCUAAGGGCAUAUUCAUCUCUCAACGAAAGUAUGUGGCAAAUCUUCUAAAAGAUACUGGAAAGCCUGCAUGCAAACCAGCUAGCACCUCCCUUGAUCCUAACCACAAACUUAGUGUUGGGGAAGGGGAGGAGUCUAUUGAUCGAGAAAUGUAUCAACGUCUUAUUAGACGAUUGAUAUAUCUCACACACACUAGACCUGACAUCCCAUAUGCAGUCAGUCUCUUAAGUCAGUUCAUGCAUCAGCCAACUGAAUCCCAUCUUCAUGCUGCCUAUCAAGUGUUACACUACUUAGAGAGAACUCCUAGAAAAUGCAUUCUCUUCAAAUAUGGUGAUAAAGUAACAGUUGAGAUGUAUAUUGAUGCUAAUUAUGCUGGUUCUCUUUUAGAUCAUCGACCAACCUCAAGUCUUAUGAUGUUUAUGGGAGGAAAUUUGGUUACUUGGCGCAGCAAGAAACAGAAUGUGGUUGCUCGCUCAACUGCAGAAGCAAAAUUCAGGGCACUUGCACAUGGGAUAUGUGAACUACUUUGGGUGAAGAUUUUACUCAUUGACCUAAAGAUUCCUAUUUCAGGUCCUAUGAAGCUCUACUGUGACAGUAAAUCUGUAAUUAAUCUUGUGCAUAAUCAUAUUCAACAUGAUCACACAAAGCAUGUGAAGAUAGAUCGUCACUUUAUCAAGGAAAACUUGGAAUCUAAAGAAAUCUGUAUUCCUUACAUCCCCACUCAACAUCAACUAACUGAUUUGAUGUGUCUCUACGACUCAACUACAACAAGUGCUCUGAAAGCUAGGAAUGGAUGA